AUGUCUUCUUACCUAGCAAAGACUGACACCUUCGAAGUACCACAUACCGCAGACUCGACGUCCACGAUGCAAAAUGUCGCCAGUGCUUUCGAGCCCACCAACGUUUCAAAACGACCUCUGACGCCGAGCUCAUCUUUUGCAAUUUCUUCUCCGUUGAAGCGGUUAGCUGUCGAUGCCUGCGUGGGACCGAACAUCUUCGAUCAUGAGGGCCUGCCUCAGAUGUCAUUCGAGCCCGGCUUUCCAGCGAAUCUUAUCGCAACUUCAAGGCAGCAGUACCCUCCCGUAGACCUCCCGCAGUCUCCACAGAUCCCGGCAAGCCCAGCUGAUGACGUUGUCGAGAUACCCGAGACACCGCCGAUCUCGUCGUUGCAAACUACCACGCAUGUUUUUGUGGCAGAGCCCGAUCUGUCAGAUUUGUGGAUGGAUUACGUAGAUCUGGACAGCGUUGGGGGCGAAGGUUUUGUCCCGAUGGAGAAACUACCUGGUGAAUACCACGAUGCCGUAUCUGAGACCUUGUCUAAUGUAGAUGAAGAUUUCGGUAAGCCAUUUCCUGAGCUCAACGUCGAUCGCCUUGCCCAAUCGUCGUCAAAGAGUGAAGAAACUGUCGAAGAUGACUAUGGUCUCGAAGGCUUUGACGAAGAAGAGAUGAUUCAGCUUCUAGAAGAUACCGGGAACGAGCCUCCUGGUUUCCCUCCGCCAAGCGUCAUACGGAAGAUGGACUGCGAUUCGAGAUCAGCUUCAAGCUUCGACUCCAAAUUGCAGUUCUCCGAGCCUGAUAUGAACACGAGCGAAGCUUUAAAGACUGGUCUGACUGAACCUGAUCUUCUUGAUGAUGAUGUCGACUGGGAGCUUGUGACAAAAUGCGCAGCAACUGCGGCUGGCGCUUCUCCGGAUCAUGAGACUGAAAUGAGCAUUAGAGGCACCAAGGAAUCACUGAAAGAGCAUUCGAGCCCGGCACCCUUAGUCAGACCCUCUUUCCCCGACAAAAUGAGAGACCGCUCUGUGGUCGUUGGACUCUCUUCGACGAUCAUGAUGCGCACUUGUUUCAGAGUUGGAGAGCUCCUCAAUACGCAAGCUAAAUGUAGCCGGGAGAAGCAGGACGUUAUCUUUGAGCUUUUCGCGCGGGUCGUCUACUCCAACCGGGAGAACGUUGCCAGAGUACAACAUGUACAGCUGCGAGAUCUUUUUACCGAUCGGCAGCCAUUUCUCAGCGGCGUAUUCAGGGGCUGGAAGAGCGGUGGGCCUGUGGAUGAUCAGAGCAAGGUAUUCUUAGGAUCCGAAGGAAAGAACAAGUUGUGUCGAUGUCUUUGCAAGGUAUCAGAAGACAAGAAGGCUGCAAUUGGUCGCUCAGCAACGCUCUUGUCGAUCAGGGAGACAACUUGGGAUGAGGUCCAGUGGGCUAUGAGAAUUGUUGCAAGGGAUGCAACCUCGGACGAGAACAUCGAUAUCGAGGGAAAGAAGUCCUCUGUCAUAUGA